AUGGCUUGUCAGCUGUUGUUGAUCCCGGCCAAGAGUGCACCAUCGCCUUCCGCUGAACGAAUUCUCUUCAAGCUCUCGCCAUACGACCCACCACCAGGGUUCUCCGUGAAGUCGUCCCCUUCCUCCUUCACAACAUCCCCACAAACCGCCAUCUUUACUGGCAAUACACUAGCAACAAACAGUGUAUUAUUGGCAGGAGAGCUCCUAUCUUGGGGAAAAUCAUCCCUUUUUUACAGCACCACAUACACUUCCUACCAUUUUCAGCAACGAGCAAUGCCCACAUCUGUCCACUUAGCAACGGUCUCAACCGAAUCGCAGAACUCACCGUCAACUACCGACAACUUUUUGAAAGAGAUUGACGAGCUAUUCGAUCCCAUGUGGACGCCCGGUCCUUACGACUACGGUUUGGAUGCCAUUAACGGUCUGGGCAUCAACGGUCACCUCGGCGUCCAAGACCCGUUCGCUCCUUCGCUUUUCGCCGAUCCAUACACAAUCAGCGGAUAUCUGUCCUCGUCGGAGACUCAGCAGCAGCAUCUUCAGAAUGCGGCGGCUGCGGCAGCUGCUGCCAGUAUGCAAUCUCAGUACAUGUGGUACAACCCAGCAGCCGAUAACAACCUUCAUGGUGCCGCUCACGCACCGUCACAAUACGCCUAUCAUGCCGUCGACAUGCUUGCGGGUCUCCCGGAAGCAAACCCAAUGGUUUAUCAUGGCACGGCGGCGGCCGUCGGAAGCACAGGAGGGUCGGGUAGUCGCAUGCGAUCGAAGAACGGCAAGCAGUCGAUCCUCUCGCAGCGACACGCCAACCUUCCUCCCGCUAUCAAUACCAUGAAGUUUCGCACAGAUGUUCGGGCUGCCAACGCGGCUCCGAGAACAGGAUCAGCUGCUACCACCGCUAAAGGCAAGACGGCAACCGCAAAGUCUGCAAAAUCUCGCGCAACGAAAUCGGCCAAGUCCAAGAAAUCCGCCGGGGCCAGUUCGUCGAUUCUCGAAGAAGAUGAAAUCACAGCCGAUCUGCGUUCCGCAAUCAAACUCAACUUGAACAAAAGGCUCAAAUAUCGCAUGCUCGUCAAAGGCAAGAUGACCGCCGAGGAAGCCAAUCUGUCCCCUAUGGACAUGCAAGAGAUUAGCCUCCAGCUUCCCAACGUUGGGUCCAAGAAGGCGAUGACCGCAGCUGCCGCGCUCGCCGAGGUACAGAAACAGCAGCAUGCACAUCGCCAGAACAAGCAAGUUCAACGUCAGGAGGCUGGCAACCUCCCGAACCACUACAACUACUACGUUGAUCAUUUGGCCCAGGAGCAGAUGGAGUUCCUCCAUCAGCAAAACUUGAGGCAGAUCGACGCUCUACGGGAGCAGGAGAUUGCCCGCCAUCAGGUCCGGCAGGCAUUCAUGCCGCAGCUGUACCCUGUCGUUUGCCCUCCUCCCCUUCCCAUCAUACAGCCGGCGGAAGAAGGCGAGGAGGACGAUGUGGAUUAUACCCCGCCUCGGCCAAUCAACCCCGAGUACCUUGAGAUAUUCAAGGACUACGUUUUUCCCCCGCCGGAAAUGGCGGAAAGAAUGGCACGAGCGGAACAAUCCACCAUCGAGGAGAUUCCGUCGCCUUCGGUGGUUUCCGAGAAAGUGGCCGUGGACCCCCCGACAAAGCGCAAGCGAGCUCUAUCCGCCACCCCAAGUGAAAACCAAGCCCCCGCAAAAAAGAUCCGCGGAGAAGAGAUGAAGACUCCGGCAACCAUCGCGGAGCAAGAGGAGUUGUGUUCGCUCGUCGUUCAAAACCCGGACAACGCAGCCGAGAACUCCGAUUCGGCUAUCGACAACGCGGACGACAUCCAAGAACUCGCUGACCUCCCUUCAGCGUACGCGGGUAUCACCCGGCCGGACAGGCGUUUCUCGUGGACCCUGUCGAUCCCCGACAUGCAGCGAAUGUCGUUCUCGUUCAUCCCAAGCGACUUCAUCUAG